AUGGCUCCACGUUUAUCUUUCGUUUUACUUCUCAUAGCUUUUGCUUUCGCCGGUAGAAGCUACGCCGCCGAAUCAUCUUCACCUUCUCCACCGACGAUGACGUCAAACACAACUGGGAAUUCUCCUCCUAUGCCUCCCGCCGGGAAAAAUUCAACGGACGGUCAAGAUUACUCUGAUUAUGAAGUCCCCUUAAAUCUAGCGCCGGGAGGAGUCGAAGUCGUGGAAGAUUAUGCACCGAUAAAUACUGUUAAAGGAGCUGAUGAGCUUGCGCAACCCGAAGAAGAUUUAAGUCAGAAAACAAGUCAGCCUGUGAACUCAGCUUCUUAUUUCUCUUCUUCUUCCUACGUUAUCUUUGUUGUUGCUGCUGGAUUAUUUUUGUUUUGA